UACAUUAUUUAUCAAUUUUUGUUGGGUCUUCAAUCGAAUGAUAGUAGUUGCAGCAGACUUCUUCCUCUUGUAACCAAGAAAUAAAAUAAAAUUGCAACAGACUCCAUUUGCAUUUGCAUCCCUUUACCAUCUUCACCUUCAUCUUUUUCACUACAAAACACAAAAUAAUCUAAAAAAGCAGAACAAAAAGACUGCGUGAGUCUGUCUCACUCUCAGCUUUUUCAAGAAUCAAUUAUCCAAACAAACAACCUCUCUCUCUCUCUCUCUCUCUCUCUGCAUCGCCGCGCUGUCAAACUUCGACGGCGAUUCCAGAAUAUUCCAAACGCUAUGUUCCAUCACCGUCCAGAUCAAGGGGAAGAUGAUUUAUUGCACUUGAUAAGCAUCGAAAUCGAAAUGUGAAUGUGUAGAAAUUGAAUUGCUAUUGUUAGGAGAAUUGAGUUGAUGGGGGGUCAAAGUUCUAAGGAGGAUAAUAAUUUGAGGCAGAAUUCAUCUCUGCGUUCGAGUGCCUCUCGUUCUUCUUGGAGUCCAUAUCCUGACCCGCAUUCGGGUUAUGGUCAAGGGGGUUAUUCCUAUGACCCACAACAGCCGCCUUCUUAUCCUACACAAGACUAUUAUGCUCCCCCACCUCCUCCUCAAAACUAUGGCUAUGAACCUCAUGCUAGUGGUAGGGUGACUGGCCGUGAUGAUAAGAGGAGGUUAGAGAGGAAGUACUCGAGAAUCGCUGAUAAUUACAACUCCAUAGAUGAGGUGACUGAGGCUCUUGCACGUGCAGGCCUUGAGUCUUCCAAUCUUAUUCUUGGUAUUGAUUGCACUAAGAGCAAUGAGUGGACAGGAAAGCAUUCAUUUAACAGACAAAGCUUGCAUCACAUUGGGAAUGUUCCGAAUCCAUAUGAACAAGCAAUAUCCAUUAUUGGGAAAACCAUGGCUGCAUUUGAUGAGGAUAACUUGAUUCCUUGUUUUGGAUUUGGCGAUGCAUCAACGCAUGAUCAAGAUGUCUUCAGUUUCUAUCCAGAUGAAAGAUUUUGCAAUGGAUUUGAAGAAGUGCUGAGUCGGUACAGGGAAAUUAUUCCUAAUAUUCGACUUGCAGGCCCUACUUCAUUUGCACCAAUCAUUGAAAUGGCCAUGACAAUUGUUGAGCAGAGUGGAGGCCAAUAUCAUGUUUUGGUGAUAGUUGCAGAUGGCCAGGUAACAAGAAGUAUUGACACUGAAAGUGGGAGGCUAAGUCCACAGGAGCAAAAGACUGUUGAUGCUAUUGUUGAGGCCAGUAAAUUUCCUCUUUCAAUCAUAUUGGUUGGUGUUGGAGAUGGACCUUGGGACAUGAUGAGAGAGUUUGAUGAUAAUAUCCCCUCUCGGGCCUUUGAUAAUUUCCAGUUUGUAAAUUUCACGGAAAUUAUGUCAAAGAACAUCCCUGCUUCACGAAAAGAAGCAGCAUUUGCUCUUUCAGCAUUGAUGGAAAUUCCUUCUCAAUAUAAAGCAGCAAUCGAGCUUAAUCUACUGGGUAGUCGGAAUGCUACUGCUCCCCAGAGAGUUGCCCUCCCAACUCCUUCAUAUGGUGCAACAUCUAUGGGCGCUUCAAAACCUUUUGGUUCAGCGUCUUUUGGCCCUUCAAAACCUUUUGGUUCAGAAUCUUUUGGCACUUCAAAACCUUCUCAUGCGACUAGCUUUGAGCCCAGUGUCCCUUCUUUCAAUGACAAUAGCAGUGUAGUUGGCACAGCUCCUCCGGCUCCAAGUUCUGCUUAUGAUAAUCAGCUUUGCCCUAUAUGUUUGACAAAUUCAAAAGACAUGGCUUUCGGAUGUGGGCAUCAGACAUGUUGUGAGUGUGGGCAAGAUCUUCAGUCGUGUCCCAUCUGUAGGAGCCCCAUUAACACCAGAAUAAAGCUUUACUAAGCGGGUUCUUUCCUUGGGGAGUAAUUAAUUUGUAUGGUGUUGGCGAAAAUUCUUUAAAUUAUUUUAUCUGGUUUCAUAUAACAUUUGAUCAAAUCUCUGUUUCUACAAAUGAAAAGAUGUACCUACAGCAUGUAAUCAUUCCAUGAUUUUUUUUUCUUUUCCUCAUUGCUUUUGGUUCAUGACUGUAACGAUUUGAAGAGUUACAGGCCUAGUGUGGUGUUUGUACAGUGUAAAUGGAUUAUUUUGGUUUGAUUUGUAUUAAUGAAAGCUUAGAGGUGACUUCCCAAUAGAA